UACCAUGUAUAACAAUCAAAUUUAUUGGAAGGGAUGAAAUAGAAACAAACGUUCAACAUAAAUACGGAGAAUCAAUAGUGAACAGCUAUCAGUUGAAAGCAACAAGACUUCCAAGCACACACCAGCUCAAAAAUCAAAUAAAAUGGCCGCCAAGAUGAUCAUAUUCGCCGCUUGCGUGGCUUCCGCCUUCGCCCAAUACUCCGCCCCGGCUUACAAGCCAGCUUACUCUGCACCAGCUUACUCGGCACCAAAGGCUUACGCCCCGGAGCCCGCAUACGCACCCACACCAUACAACUUCGAAUACAGCGUAAACGACCCACACACCUACGAUGUGCACAGCCAAUCCGAAUACAGUGACGGAAACGGUUACGUCAAGGGAUCCUACAGCCUUUUGGAAGCCGAUGGUUCCACCCGUACCGUUGAAUACACCGCUGACGACUACAACGGUUUCAAUGCCGUCGUCAAGAACGAAGGUGGAUACAAGGCCCCGGCUUACUCUGCACCAGCUUACUCAGCACCAGCCUACAAGCCAGCAUACUCUGCACCAGCCUACUCCGCACCAGCCUACAAGCCAGCAUACUCUGCACCGGCCUACAAGCCAGCUUACAAACCAGCAUACUAAUUUAUUUUAUCGUGUGAACCAACUCUCUUCAUCAUCUUUUUUUCAUGUUUUCUUCAUGUACGUCUCUGGGCCAUCGCGUUCAUAUUGAACCGUGGUUUCAAAGUCAUAUCAUGUCAUAUUAAUAUAAUAUAAGACAAUGGGUACGACUUAUCUAUUUAUUGUGUAAAUAUAUAUAUCAAUGUGUAUUUAUUUAA